AUGGCCAAAGACAAGGCUGCGAAGCCCUCAUCGAGUAAGAAGAAGGAUGCUUCAACCACAAACGCCAAACCUGCCAAGUCCACAAACGCCAAACCUGCCAAGUCCACAAAAGCGACCUCGAAGUCCUCCGGCCUCAGCGAGGAACGAAUAGCAGACUCGGACAGCGACAACGAACCAGCACCUGUCCCAAAGAAGACUACACCGAAGAAACCCACGCCAAAGUCCACAACGAAGAAGGAAAGCACGAAGAAGAGCAAGGCAGUCUCACCUCCCAGCAGCGAAAGCGAAGAGUCCAGUUCUGCAGAAGAGACAACGAAGGUUGUGCCCAAGAAGCCCGAGGGCGUACCCCCGAAGGUGAAUGGCGUGAAGCGAAAGGCUGAAGAGGAAGAGUCGUCUGGGAAGGAGUCCAGAAGCUCAGACGAAGAGGCAGAGGCUGAGAAGCCACAAGCGAAGAAGGCAAAGACAACAACUACGAAAGCUGCCUCGCCGCCUUCGUCCGAUGAGGAAGAGAGCAGUGCAGAGUCAGAGGCAGAGAAAUCAGCAGCGGCGGCGAGAGCAGCCACCCCAAAGGACAAGCAGCCUGCGCUGGCCCAACAGCAGCAAUCCUCGCUGCAAAGCAUACCCGCAAAGCCAUUCGAGCCGCCCUCGGGAUACUCAUCUUUCGACGUCGAAAUUCCUGACUCCGAUUCGCACCUUUCGAAGAAGAACUUAGCAGGAAAGCAGAUAUGGCACAUCACUGCACCUUCAAACGUACCCAUCAAGACAAUCACCGAAGUCGCUCUGGACGCAGUAUCGAAUGGCACGCCGGUGCUAAACUACAAGGAUGUAGACUACGUCCUUGACGAGGAUACAAGCUACGACACGAAGUUCUCGAACGUCCUGCUACCGGGCGAUGCAGGUUUCCAGCAUGCUGGACAGAAUGUUGAUCGGACAUUACGCCUUCAACAAAAGAUCGAGCUACCGAAUCUGAGCAAGAAGCAGGCAGACCUCAACACUGGCAGUAAUGCAGCGGCAGACAUCGCUCAGGCGCCUGUGAGUGACAUACGGCCGCAACCAAAAGGACUCAAGAUGCGAUACAAACCACCAGGCUUCGGCAAAGGAGACCCAGGAAUGAUGUCGGGCUCGAGCGACGACGAAGGCCAGCAAUCAUCAAACAAAGGCUUCCAAUUCCCCAAGACUCUUGGUGCCCAUGGCGCCGCGGACGAGCCAGAAACUGCUCUUACGGAAAAGAGCAAGAAGAAAGACAAGAAGAGGCGGAAGAGCGAGAACCUGAUCGAUGGCGAUGUGGAGAUGGUUAAUGGUGACUCGAUGCCGCCGCCGUCGUCUAAGAAGAAAAAGAAGAAGCAGGAGGAUGGAUUGGAGAGGGUGGUGUCAAAGGAGAGUGAGAGGUCGCAGGAGAAGGAGGAUGAGACGCCGGAGGAGAAGGCGAGGAGGAGGGAGCAGAAGAGGCUGAAGAAGGAGGCGAAGAAGAGAGCGAAGGAGGGUGAGAGUGGGUUGGAGAAGUCUUUUUGA